AUGCCGGAUGUUGGCCCGGUGGUUGCAGUGGCAGCGGGAGAUUAUCACGCCUGUGCCGUGACGGCAAGCGGUGAUCUGGUUUGCUCCGGAUCGAACAAAGGUGGCCAGUGCGACGUACCGCCAGACCUGGGUCCGGUGGUGGUCGUGGCUGCGGGAGCCUUUCACACUUGCGCCCUGACACAGGGUGGCAAGCUGGUGUGCUUCGGCUCGAACUUCUGUGGCCAGUGCAGCACCCCCCCGGACCUUGGUCCAGUGGUGGCCGUGGACGCAGGAAAUUCUCAUACCUGCGCCGUGACGGAGGGGGGCAAGCUGGUUUGCUUUGGAUCCAAUGAUGACGGCCAGUGUGAUGUGCCGCCCGAUCUUGGCCCAGUGGUGGCCGUGGCUGCAGGAGUUUACCACACCUGCGCCGUGACAGCAACCGGCGAGCUGGUUUGCUUCGGAUCAAACGAGCAUGGCCAGUGUGACGUUCCAGCCGACCUUGCCCCGGUGGUGGCAGUGGCCGCAGGGUUUCGUGACACGUGUGCCGUGACAGCCAGCGGCGAGCUGGUUUGCAUGGGAUCCAGCGCAGGCCAGUGCAACAUGCCGAUGGACCUUGGCCCUGUGGUUGCCGUA